AUGGUGGGUACAGCAACUUAUGUGGCUCCUGAAGUUUGUGAUUCGCAGAAAUAUGGGAUGAAAUCCGACAUCUGGUCCCUUGGAUGCGUCCUUUAUGAAAUGUGCGCUCUUGAAAGGGCUUUUGGAGGGCACAAUGCAAUCGCUAUCAUCAAGAAAAUCUCCGAAGCAAACUACAAGAAGCUGAAAGAAGACCUGCCCUACUCGACGAUGCUCCGUAAACUGAUUAGCUCACUGUUACAAAAAGAUCCACGUGAACGGCCGUCAGCAGAAGCGCUUGACGAAAUCCACGUCCCGAAGAUAAUGGACUCAAUUAUCACGAAAAGAAAGCGCAUUGACGAUCUUUUAUUUACAAACGACCUUUACGAAGACUACCAUUCUCACCUCUUCACUUUUUCUUCUGACCAGUGGAGUAUGCAGUUCAAGCGAGGGCUUCCAAAAGGGAUGAAUAUCAUGGAGAUUGCAAAUGGCGACAGGCAUACACUCAUCCUCGACGUUAAUAAUGUUGUGUACGGCGUCGGUUCGAAUGAGUCAGGACAGCUUGGGUUCGGUUCCCAAAUGCCUCGGAUCGAAAACCCUGUUCCCGUCAAGUUUUCAACGAAUCGACCUGUCCAGGCUAUUGGAACAGGAGCUGAUUUUUCGGUCUUUCUGAUGAACAAGAUGGUUUUUACUUGUGGCAAUGGCGAUCACGGAUGCUUGGGUCACGGGAUUGACCAUAAAAGCUCGAUGUUUCCGAAUAUGGUGCAGGACUUGAUAUCAUACGACGUUGUCAAAAUAUCCGUUGGGUACAAACAUGUGCUCGCACUCACAAGUGAAGGAAAUGUCUACUCAUGGGGCUGUGGAGAACUGGGAAGACUCGGCCACGGAGGACAAGGUUCUGAGUUCUCCCCCCGAAAAAUUGAAGGUCUUUCGGAAAAGAUCAAAGAAGUCUACGCCGGCUAUGACUCCUCCUUCUUCAUCGGCGUGUCUGGAAACAUGUUUGUGUGUGGCUCGAACCGUGAUAAUAAAAUCGGCCUUCAAAAGCGCUCCAUGCUCGAUAUCUUCCGCCUCGGAAACUCGCGCAUUCCACCAUACAAAGAUACGCCCGUUCUGACGCGCCAACUAAGCCCGAACCAAACGAUUUCAAAGAUAUCUCAAGCGCGAGAUCAUACUGUCUUUUUGACUUCUACAGGGCAGCUGUUUACUCUUGGAAGGAACUCAGAAGGGCAAAGAGGGCUUGAAAAUACCAGAUCAAUGAUAGACUGCUCUCCAAUUCAAAUACCAACAAUAGACGGGAAAACUGUACAAAGCAUAACACAUGUAGCGACUGGCAACUUCAUGACAUGUAUCGCUGCAAAGAUAGGAUCCGACCCUGAAAAAGAAGCAGACGAACAAGUUGUUUUGUUCGCUGGAACGAGUUUUUUACCAUAUGGUUCAAAACCGAGCUCAGCAAAGCCAAGAUUGACUUCUGAAAGAUCAUUGAGGCUAGAUAUCGCUACUCUUGAAGCGGCGAUUCAGGAUGCGGAACUGAACUUGAGCGAAACCUCAACAAACCACGAAAGCUCGAUUCCAGAAGAAGAUAUGGAUGUGCUCGAGAAUGAUAGUAAAAAACUCCGCUCACCUAGUGACAGAAAAGCUAUCAGAAGAAACCUUUAUAACGGUGAAAUUUACUUGGACAAAGAAAUCAAAAUACAGUCCAUUGGUUUCUGUCACACUGACCAGACGUUUUUUAUUACUCUCGGAAUGAAGGAAACAGCUGACAGUCUCAGUAGCCGGCCAACAAGCACUGAAUCGAAGACGGAGGCGCAAAAACCGAUCAUAUACGAACAAAACUUGUCUGAAGAAGAAGACGAAGACCACCCAACAUGGCUGAGGAAUGAACUGGAAGGCGCUCCGGAUAUUAGAAUGCUCACAAUUCAAAAAGACGGCUCCGCAGAAGGGCUGAAACGCGAGUGCACUUACAUCACUCCAAGAAAAUUGCAAAAAUCGAAGAUCCCGAAGAAAUCGACUUUUCCAAAACCAAAUCGGUCAAUAGCAGGUCCAAAGUCGAAGCCAAACCCUCAAUCAUCAAUCCGCCAAGGAUCUCCGAAAAAAGCCCAAAAUAACAAUGAAACGGACGAGAUGAAGUUGCUAGUAACUAGUCUUCAGCUUGAGCGUGAUGAAGCUCUUGAACGAGCCGAGAAACUUGAGCAAGAGCAAAAACGGGAAAAGGAGCGGAUCGAAGAAGAGUUCGAAAAACAGCGCCAGGAGAACGAGAAACUCAGAAAUGAUCUGAAAAGACUGGAAGAGUUUCAGCUCGAGUUCAAGGAGUCCCUGCAAAACGGCUCGUUAGUGAGAGAGUCAAAAGUCUGCACAAUCAUGUAA